CUAAGCAAAAAGACUUGUCGAAAAUUGCCGGUUGGGUUAGGCCAACCAAGAAAGGCAUGGGAAAAAGAUGCACAAACAAAAGCAUGGGAAAAAGAUGCACAAACAAAUGUGGGAAAAAGCAGUCGCGAGAGCUUCCACGGUAGGCGCGUGUCGCAGACCAAUCGGCCGCUAUAUGCUGUCACCAUACCGACUAGGACUCUGACUCGGACGGUGGAGGAAGCUGGUAGCAUUAGGGGAAGCGCUUAUCAGCACCCUAUCACUUUUAGAACACGAUUCACACACAGAGACCACGAUGCACAAUUAGCUGCUGGUAAACAGUCCCAUGCCAGCUAUCACACAUCUCACUUUACGCAGUUUUUUUGCAGAGCCAGAAAAUGCGCGAAGAAAGGCAGAUCCACCGGUUGAGGUCCCGUACUAGAUCAACGGUUUUCUUCUCUUACGAUAUUUUCAUUUCGAAUUAAGAUGAACUGAUCACUCCUAAAUGCAAGCGUGAUCCAAUAGAUGCGCUCGGACCAGAUCUAAGGCCCAAGUAGCCCCCAGUUCAUUCAGUUCCUCGAUCGCUCUUCUUGCGCGCGCAUGCGAUUACGCCUUUCUUUCAAGUAAAGCACCCAUUUGCUCCUCAAGCUUGAGAUCGGUUCUUAGUCGAUCAGGUUACCAGCUUUGCAAGCGGAGACACUACUGUCUAGGCUCUUCUUUCGCUAUCUCCGAACACUACUGGGGCCACGCCUUUCACGUUAUGCUUAACACAUGCUUUUUCGCUAAGAAGGCAGUUCCCUUGGGGGAAGAAGGAGUGGAAGUUCUUCCAAUGUCCGAAGAAAUGAUUCAUCGAAAUAAUGAGCCACCAUUGAUAUCGACACAUCUGAGAUCGCCAAAUGUUCGGGAGUUCCUCUAUUCAAUCCUUUUCCUUCUUCUUGUUGCUGGAUAUCUCGUUCGUACACAUCUUUUCUUUGUUUCCCGAGCCUAUAGUGAGUUACAGACAGAGUUCGAAAAGGUCAAAUCUUUGAUGAUUCCAUCAUACAUGAUUGAGUUGCGAAAACUUCUGGAUAGGUAUCCUACAUCUGAACUGAAUUCUUUCUGGUUAAAGAAUCUCUUUCUAGUUGCUCUGGAACAAUUAGGAGAUUUUCUAGAAGAAAUGCGGGGUUCUGCUUCUGGCGGCAACAUGCUAUGGGGUGGUGGUCCCGCUUAUGGGGUUAAAUCAAUACGUUCUAAGAAGAAAUUUUUUAAUAUCAAUCUCAUCGAUCUCAUAAGUAUCAUACCAAAUCCCAUCAAUCGAAUCACUUUUUCGAGAAAUACGAGACAUCUAAGUCAUACAAGUAAAGAGAUUUAUUCAUUGAUAAGAAAAAGAAAAAACGUGAACGGUGAUUGGAUUGAUGAUAAAAUAGAAUCCUUGGUCGCGAACAGUGAUUCGAUUGAUGAUAAAGAAAGAGAAUUCUUGGUUCAGUUCUCCACCUUAACGACAGAAAAAAGGAUUGAUCAAAUUCUAUUGAGUCUGAUCAAUUCUCAUUCCUGUACUUCAAAGCUAGAGCGCUUCUUUCGAUUGAAAGGAUUCCUUUUUUUUGAUUACCAAAGAGGGUAGGGGCCAAUGAUGAGUGGGACUUGGGGACUACGAGAGGGACAGUAGCGAGCGGGCAGCAGGCUAACUACAAUCUUAAUCACGCCUACAACACUUCCUUUUUAGAUCGUGAACUCUGGCGAGGACAAUUUUCCGUGUUAAUUUAAAAUAUAAGGAUAUUUAUAUCGAAUCACUCGUUCGAGAAAAGAGGGUUUUAUCACCUUCGGUGCCUCGACGUACUGAUGCGAACAUAUGGGGUUGAACCAGGCGGUAAAUGGGACAGGGCUUCUUCCGGGCGUAAGAUAAGGUUCUCUGAGACCUCAUUUCCUAGCCGAAUAAACCUCACCGAGCGGAGAAGUCAUGAAGAAGUUAAGCAUUAGGCCAAUAAGCCUAGUCCUGCUUGUACACCUGGUCUUCCAUUUUCGUCCGAUCUCUUUCUUUCUCCAACAACUACUGUACUAUAUUAUACUACAAUUGUUGCCUCGCUUCAUGCGGUUCAACCAGAAUUCACAUCUUUCUUAUCAGACCGCUUAAGAUCCGUUAGUGCGCCACC